GCACCACCGCGUUGCUACACGUAGAUUUACAAACACCGCGAACUUUCCCCUCACGGUAUAAAUACGUCGUUCUCCAAUCUCGUAUACAUUCCCUCUUUCUGUAAAUUCUCCGUAUUCCCUCCCUCCUCUUUCCAUCAAUCCCAAGUAUUCCUCUUCCCUCUCCUCAUUACAAUCCACAUCAUCAUCAUGACAUCCAAAACCACCAGCGGCUAUGCCGUCAUCUCCGGAGUGCGUAGCUACCCUUCCACCACCAUUCCCCCGCCCUCCGGUUAACCCCCCCUCCUCAGGCCGGCGGCGGCAUCGGCAAAAACAGCGGUCUCUCCUUCGCCGAAUCCGGCGCUUCCGGUAUCCUCUUUGCAGACCUCUCUCUCUCUCUCUCCUCAGCCCAAAACCGCCGCACUAGAAUGUAAAUCCUACAUCUCCAAUCCAAACUGUCGCAUCCUCUCCAUGCACGUCGAUGUGACAGACGGGAAGAGCGUGCAGGAAAUGGUUGACACAGCCGUCAAGGAAUUCGGUCGUAUAGAUUAUUACGUGCAUAGCGCUGGUAUCGGCACUAGCACACCCUCUCCCCUCGGCACCACCCCCCUCUCCGAAUUCGGCCACAUCAUCCACACCAACAUGCGCGGCACGCUCCUCUGUAACCGCGCCAUCGCAAGCGCCAUGCUCCUACCAAGGCCGCUACACCACGCGCUCCCUCGACCGCGGCAGCAUUGUGAGUCUCGGCUCCGCGAAUUCCGUCGUCGCCUUCCCCGGGAAAACAUCCUAUACCACCGCCAAACACGCCGUUGUGGGGAUUACGAAAUCCGGCGGCGAGUAACAUUUUCCUACAUCCAUAAUGUGUAUUGUUCAUAAUUCUCGACAAUUCGCAUGAGUGAACAAAACUAACCCCCUCCUCCCCCCCCAAACAGCGGUCGACUACGCCUCCCACGGCAUCCGCAUCAACGCCAUCUGUCCA